AUGGAAUAUCUUCAUAGAGUGCUUCAAGGGCUAGUCAAGAAUCUGAAUUUCAAAUUUCAUCCUAAAUGCGAUCGCUUGAAAAUUAUUAACUUAUGUUUUGCUGAUGAUAUUUUGUUGUUUGCGAGAGAGGAUCAUGAAUCUAUGAGAUUGAUCAUAGAUAAAAUGAGAGAGUUCUCUACAACCACGAGUUUGACCAUUAGAAUACCCAAGAGAAAAAUCUAUUUUGGAGGGGUUGAUGAGGAGUCCAAGAAGAUUAUCCAACAACCAAUCGGUUUUGCAGUAGGUACAUUGCUAGUAAAGUAUCUUGGAGCUGCCUUGGCUAGAGAAAAAAAAUGA